GUCGUAUAAGACCUAGCUGCCGGGUCCGCUCUCUUCCAGCUGCUUCUCUCGGGUGCCCCCUCGCCCCGGCGCUUGGGCUCUCUGCGCUCAAGAGCUACCGAGUCAUUGCCUCCCCAGCAACCUCGACUCCGCCGGCACCAUGACAGAUCAGUCUUUUGUGACUUUGUCAACAAAUGACUCCUACGCCAGAGGAGCCUUGGUGCUCGGCUCCUCAUUGAAACAACACAGAACGACAAAAAGGUUAACUGUGCUGAUAACCCCACAGGUCUCCGAGUCUAUGAGGAAAGUUUUAGAGAAGAUUUUUGAUGAAGUCAUCAUGGUUGACAUUUUGGACAGCAGGGAUUCAGCUCAUCUAACCUUAAUGAAGAGACCUGAACUGGGUGUCACAUUAACCAAACUCCACUGCUGGUCACUAAUUCAGUAUUCAAAAUGUGUGUUCAUGGAUGCAGAUACUCUGGUGCUGACAAAUAUUGAUGAGCUUUUUGAGAGAGAAGAGCUAUCAGCAGCACCAGACCCAGGGUGGCCUGACUGCUUCAAUUCUGGAGUCUUUGUAUACCAACCUUCCAUUGAAACAUAUAAUCAGCUGUUGCAUAUGGCUUCUGAACAAGGCAGCUUUGAUGGUGGGGACCAGGGUUUGCUGAACACCUUCUUUAGCAGUUGGGCAACAACAGAUAUCAGAAAGCACCUGCCAUUUAUUUAUAAUCUAAGCAGCAUUUCUAUAUACUCCUACCUCCCAGCCUUUAAAGCGUUUGGGGCAAAUGCAAAAGUCGUGCAUUUCCUGGGACGAAUCAAACCGUGGAACUAUACCUAUGACCCCAAAACGAAAAGCAUCAGGAGUGACACCCAUGACCCCACUGUGAUCGACCCCCAGUUCCUCACCAUGUGGUGGGACAUCUUCUCUGCCAACAUUCUGCCUUUACUCCAGCAGUUUGGAGUUGUUAAAGAUACCUUCACAGCCUUUAACGCGGAGGAAGUCACAGAUGCAAUCUCCCAUCUGUCCAUUGGGGACCUGAGCCCUCCACCCCAACCAUUUGUAUCCUCACAUGAACGCAAGGAACGGUGGGAGCAAGGCCAGGCUGAUUACAUGGGAGCAGAUUCCUUUGACAAUAUCAAGAGGAAAUUGGACACUUACCUUCAGUAGAAAACACCUCCAUUUUCUCUGUGCAAACAUUGGCUACACAGGACUGGUUCUGGAUAAUUUAGCAUCUAGAAGAGUGUUGAGUAUGGUUGUUACAGUUGCUAGCAGCUUUGGCGAAAGCUCCACAUUUGAAGGUUUAUAGUACUAAAGGUGAAAACUGGAUGAGUCAAGAAGUAAAAAGCUAAUUUUCUGGUCAAUUAAUUGCUGAGUGACUCCUUGCCUGAUCAUUCAGAGAAAAUUUUAGAAAACUUCUAUUUAAUGCCAAUUACCAAUAAAUCUGAUGAGAGGGAAUGAAGCCAUUGAGCUACUGGCCUCAGCUCCUGAAACCUGAAGAGCUGGGCUCCAAUCAGCUCCACUUCAUCUUCACGAAGAUAAGUGGGAAUGAUGCUAUUUGCCUCGCUGUCUUUGCCAUAGUAGAUAGAUAUUUCAGGAUUGGUCAAAGACUGCCCUACUGGUCCCAGUUCUUCUUUCAUGGAGAAGCAAUGUAACACUGUUAAACUGAGUCACAAAUUUAAUAGCUACCACAAAUGGUGAGACCCUUUUUACCUCUAAGAAACUGAAGAUUUUUUUUUUACCAGUUUUCUUUGUACAGUAAGGUAGCAUACUGGAAGGCAAUUCUAUGUUUGGAGAAUGAGAGUGAGUUUUCUGAAUGCUUACCUCCAGUGGCACUAUGUACAAAAAAUAAACACUUAACAGUGAGUUUUUGCUUGUCUAUCUUGGUUCAGAACUAGUUUCCUUGAAGAAAAUUUGCCUGACUUGCAUUGGGAAUUCUCAUAAUUUUUUUUUCAUUUUAUCAAGUAGUUUAAAAUGAGAUCAGCUCUUUUAUGGCUACAAGAAGUCCCAAAGUUCAUCCACUGUAAGGUACUGAGAGAUUGCAAUGUCUGUCAGUGGAGAGGAGGGGGUAUCCACACCAUUGAAAUCUUGUACAGCUCCUUGGCAUAUUGAGAUGUGAUUGUAUGUAUAUGUGUGUGCAUAAAAAUAUAUAUGUGUGUAUAUAUAUGCAUAUACACAUAUGUAUGCAUAUACAUAUAUGUGUGUAUAUAAUACGUGUGUGUGUAUGUAUGCAUAUGGAGAGAGAGAGUCAAGAGUCGUUUUGAAGAGCAAAAUAAUUUGAGGAAGUUCCAGAAGAUACAACUCCUUUGCAAACACCUGGGGAAAAAAACAAAACCAAACAAUUCUGAUGACUACAGCGUCCUCCUUUGAUAGUGUGAUAAGACCUGGUAAGUAAAUGCAAGAUAAUAAACUGUGAAAAUACA